AUGUCGGCGGAAGCAUCUGACGCGCAGGACGCGCACAUUAAACAGGAGGUGAGCGUCGAUCAAGAGUCGGAACCGUUCGCUGCCGAAGCAACCAGUCAGCCUCAAGCUGAAAAGGUGGCUGAAGUCGACGCAGAUACCAGCGCCGACGCCGACACCGAUGCAGAUGCAGAUGUGGAUGCGGAUAAUGAUGCCGAUGCCGAUGCUGAUGCUGAUGCUGAUGCCGACGCCGAUGCUGAAGUAGAAGCCGAAGUAGAAGCAGAUGCGAAUGCGGAUGGUGAUGCCGAGGUAGAGGCGGAAGAUGCCGCCGAUGCCGCCUCUACCACCAUCAAGACCGAAUCGCAAGAUGGUGCCAAGGAAUCCACCCCGUCUGCACAGGUUGCGCCAUCGGCGAUCGUCAAGGUCGAAGAGCCGCAGGCUGUACCAGACUCCGCAGCAGCAACAGUAGCAGCCCAAGAUCUACGCCAGGACUACACCCCUCAAAUCGGCUCUUCAAGUCAACCGCUGCAGCCCCACAAGUACAUGACAGUAGAGCAGAGGAAGCAGCUGUUCGAAGAUCGCAUUCGAACUGAGCCUCGCGACGGAGAAGCUUGGCUUGCUCUCAUUGAAGAGGCACAGUCGCGAGAAGACAUGGAGGCAACAAGAGCCCUCUACGAUCGCUUUUUCAAUGUAUUCCCCAACCAAGCACGACAGUGGCUUGCCUAUCUCGACCUCGAGCUGGCUCACAGCAAUUUUGCCCAGGUAGAAGCCAUCUUCAAUCGAUGUCUGCGCACCACCCCUUCCGUUGACCUCUGGAAGUUCUACCUCUCCUACACUCGCCGCGUCAACCCGCUCCCCCCACCCACUAGCGCCGACGAGGAUGCACCGCGAGAGCAGGCACGCAGGGUGCUCGAGGGUGCCUACGAGUUUGCGCUCCGCUUCAUCGGCAGCGACAAGGACAGCGGAUCUAUCUGGACUGACUAUAUUCUGCUCAUCAAGGAGAGGGAGGCAAGGGGCGGGUGGAAGGAGGGCCAAAAGAUGGACGAUUUGCGCCGCGUUUACCAGCGCGCCGUUAGCGUCCCCCUCACCAAUAUCGAGGCUAUCUGGAAGGACUACGACGCCUACGAAAACGGUCUCAACAAGCUGACUGCCAAAAAAUUCCUUGCCGAGCGCUCGCCUGCCUACAUGACCGCACGUCGCGUGCUUCGAGACCUUAAGGCGUACAUGGACCCACUCGUCAAGCCUCUGCUGCCUCGUGUGCCCAUAUGGACCUCGUCAGCGCUUCCCGGCGAUGCUGGUCAGGACCCGACGCAGUGGCAGCGCGAACGUCAGCAGGUCGAUGAGUGGACAGAAUAUCUCAAAUGGGAAGAGUCCAAUCCACUGCUGAUCGAAGAUGCUGCUACGCUGCAGGCUCGCGUCACAAGCGCGUACCGCAAAGCCACCAUGUAUCUGCGCUUCUACCCGGAACUUUGGUACCUUGCAUCGCGAUACCUUGUCUCGACCUCGCGCGCCGAUGAGGCGGCUACAUGGCUCAAGAACGGCAUCGAGGCGUGCACGGGCAGCUUCCUUCUUCACUUUGCCUACGCAGAGCUUGCUGAGGCGCGAAAGUCGACCGCAGACUGUGCGGGCGUCUUUGAUAGUCUGCUCAACCAUAUCCAUGCGCAGAUUGAUGCGAGACAAGCCAGGCUGCAGCAGGACUUGAAGAACGUCGACACGGAAGCAGAGAUGACCAAAGCGCAGGCCGCUGCACGCCGCAUCAACGAAGGAGAUGGAGAUAUGGAUGUGGAUGGCGAGGAACGCGAGCGCGAACGUAGGGCGGGGGAGCAGGUGCAGGCACGCAAGCAGGCAUUGCAGGCAGCAGCCACUCCCGAAAUUGAGGGGCUCAAGGAGGCAAGUGCGCUGGUGUGGAUCAAGUACAUGCACUUCCUGCGACGAACUGAGGGCAUCCGACCGGCGCGCGGUGUGUUCAGCCGAGCGAGAAAGAGCCCGCAUUGCACGUGGCAGGUCUUCGAAGCGAGCGCACUUAUGGAGUACCACUGCUCCAAAGAUGCUCUUGUGGCCACAAAAGUGUUUGAGCUCGCGCUCAAGACGUUCGGGAACGACGAGGCAUUUGUAGUGCGCUAUUUGGACUUCCUCAUCUCGAUGAACGACGACAGCAACGCACGCGCGCUGUUCGAGCGCGUCAUUGGCAGCUUCUCACCUGAGCGCGCGCGUCCCAUCUGGGACCGGUGGGCCAAGUAUGAGUACAACUUCGGCGACAGCGUUGCGAUCCAGAAGAUCGAAGCCCGACUGGCAGAGACGUACCCUGACGAGCCGGCGACCAAGCGCUUUGUGGCACGCAGCUCGUACAUGGACUUGGAUCUCGUCGGCCCGCGCGACCUCGGCAUCCAGGCGUCGGUCAUCGGUGCGAGUGCGGCGGACCGCGCUGUGGAAGCUGCAAAAGACGGCGGCGUGGGAGCAGCGGACGAGGGCCCGAGACGCAGGACGAUGCAGGAGAUGAAGCGAAUGGCAGCCGAAAGCGUUCAAGACGACACUUCGGGCAACUGGGCUCGUCCCGGCGCCUCCUCUGCGGCAGGCCCACCCAUAAAGAAGUUCAAGCGCGACUCGGCCUCACCUGCACCUUCCAACGCGGGAAUGGGAGGAGCACCACAAGCAGGCCCACGAGACGCAUGGACCGAGUUCCCCGAAAGCGUGCUCGUCUUUAUGGAGAUGCUGCCCAGCGCUCAGCUGUUCGAUGGACCCGUCUUCAAAGCCGACGACAUUGUCGAUUGUAUUCGGAGCGCCAACGUGCCCAUGGGCGGCGGAGGAAGGAGGGCCGGGCCUCAGUAUGGCAGCGCUGCGCGUGGAAGGUUCAUGCGCUGA